AUGCCUGCCUGCCUCCGAGCAGGCAACAGGAGCCCCGCGCCGGGUGGGCAGGACAGUCUCCGUCGCAGGAGCGGUGGCAGCGAUCCCAGCAGAUCUUCCCUGAAGCGGUUUGAUGUGGAUCUCCUCCGGCCGGAUGACUGCCUUGCUCAGUGUGGCAAAGACUGCAGAUCUUAUUGCUGUGAUGGAACGACGCCCUACUGUUGCUCCUACUAUGCUUACAUUGGGAACAUCCUCUCGGGCACCACAAUUGCUGGCAUCGUGUUUGGAAUCGUAUUUAUCAUGGGGGUCAUUGUGGGAACUGCCAUUUGCAUCUGCAUGUGCAUGAAGAACAACUGGAGGAUCCGCAUGUGUGGCAUCAGGACCGCCCACAUCGACUGCAUCUCCACCUAUCCUGCGGCACCGCCCCCCUAUGGUCACGAGAUGGAACGCCAUGCAGACUUGCCUCCUCCAUACUCCCCUACCCCACAGCCUUCAGCCCUGCGGUCUCCACCCCCUCCUUAUCCUGGAAACCCAGGGAAACAAUUCUCCCAGAGCAGAACGUGUGCCAACUAG